UUUAAUAAAACUGAUAGAUCUAAGCUUGUUUUUGUUCAUCAGAUCCACUGGUGUUCUCUAUCUUUUUUAUUUUUCAUUUGUAACUCUCAUCAAUAACAUAUAUCUUCUUCAACUCUUAAAGGUUGGAUUGAAAGAGAAAGAGAAAGAUGGGAGGAGGAUUUAGGGUGCUUCAUCUGGUGAGGCCAUUUCUUUCAUUCCUGCCAGAAGUUGAGAGCGCUGAUAGAAAAGUUCCAUUCAGAGAGAAGGUGAUAUAUACAGUGAUAUCUCUAUUCAUAUUCUUGGUAUGUAGUCAGCUCCCUCUCUAUGGCAUACACUCUACAACAGGUGCAGAUCCAUUCUAUUGGAUGCGUGUUAUUCUUGCUUCCAACAGAGGGACUGUCAUGGAACUUGGAAUCACCCCAAUUGUCACUUCUGGACUCGUCAUGCAACUUCUUGCUGGCUCCAAGAUCAUUGAGGUCGACAAUAAUGUGCGUGAGGAUCGCGCACUCUUGAAUGGUGCUCAGAAGUUACUUGGCAUACUGAUUGCUGUGGGUGAGGCUGUUGCCUAUGUUCUCUCCGGCAUGUAUGGUAGUGUUAGCCAACUUGGAGUUGGAAAUGCCAUUCUAAUUAUCAUUCAGCUCUGCUUUGCUGGUAUCAUUGUCAUAUGUUUAGAUGAGCUUCUUCAGAAAGGAUAUGGUCUAGGCUCUGGAAUUUCACUUUUCAUAGCAACCAAUAUCUGUGAAAAUAUUAUCUGGAAAGCAUUUAGUCCCACCACUAUUAACAGUGGACGAGGAGCUGAAUUUGAGGGUGCUGUUAUUGCCCUAUUCCAUCUCCUCAUAACUCGAACCGACAAGGUUCGGGCUCUCCGGGAGGCUUUUUAUCGCCAGAAUCUUCCAAAUGUCACAAACCUGCUUGCUACGGUCUUGGUCUUCCUAAUUGUAAUCUAUUUCCAAGGUUUCCGUGUGGUUUUGCCUGUGAGGUCAAAGAAUGCACGUGGUCAGCAGGGUUCAUAUCCUAUCAAGCUCUUCUAUACCUCCAACAUGCCCAUUAUUCUACAUUCUGCACUUGUAUCCAAUCUUUACUUUAUCUCCCAGCUGCUCUACAGGAAGUACAGUGGAAAUUUUCUGGUAAAUCUUUUGGGUAAAUGGAAGGAAUCUGAAUAUUCCAGUGGUCAAUCUAUUCCUGUCGGUGGUCUAGCAUAUUAUAUCACUGCACCAUCAAGCUUAGCUGAUAUGGCAGCCAAUCCUUUCCAUGCACUGUUCUAUCUAGUGUUUAUGUUGUCAGCAUGUGCAUUGUUCUCAAAAACUUGGAUUGAAGUUUCUGGAUCAUCUGCGAGAGAUGUUGCCAAGCAGCUUAAGGAACAACAAAUGGUGAUGCCUGGUCAUCGUGAGUCAAACUUACAGAAAGAGCUGAACCGCUACAUACCCACUGCUGCAGCAUUUGGAGGCAUGUGUAUUGGUGCAUUGACAGUGUUGGCAGAUUUCAUGGGAGCAAUUGGUUCAGGGACCGGGAUUCUGCUUGCAGUAACAAUCAUUUAUCAGUACUUUGAAACAUUCGAGAAGGAAAGAGCCAGUGAGCUUGGCUUCUUUGGAUUCUAAGCUUGUGUCUUGUUACACCUCUUAUGGUUGGUGCCUUGGUGCUGCAAACAACCUCCCAGGCAGUUUUGGUGCGCUGAGAGCUGUAAGUAGGUCCUUUUUUAACACCAAAGAUUCAAGUUCAAGAUGUUAGGGGUAGUUUGUUGUUAGUACAGAGAUAUGCAUAACCUUGAACAUAAUAGUUGUUAUUUAUGUUGUCUUUUUGACAUCCACUCCAAUAUUUAUUUCUCAUGUAUCAUUGAAUUUAUAUGGGUACCCUGGAUCUACGAGAUACUGGAUUACCUUGUUUUAUUUUUAAGGUUUCUUGCAGACCGUUUAGGCUUUCUA